AUGGCAUCUUCUACAACAGUAUUGUACCCGAAUGACACUGUUAAAGGUAAAAAUUAGGCCUAUUUUUUGACUUUAGAAUUCUUCAUAGAGUUCUGAAACAAAUUGUUUGAUUUUAAUCGAUUUUAAAAGGGUUUUGAAGCGAUGACUUCACGUGAAGUAUUCUGUGAGAUUUUUGAAAAUUCCCUUAAGUCCGAAUCGACUCAAUAUCGAAUCUUCACACUUUUUCGAAAAUAUCAUCACUGUUAUCAAUCGCAAAACAUAUGAUUUGAUGUCGAAUCGAUUUUAUUUUCAAUCAUUCCGCCCUUCCGAAAGAAAAAACACCGGUCAAAGAAUGGUGGAGGGCACCUGUACAUGAGUCAUUUGUACACCAAAAAAUUUGAAUUGACAAAAAAUACUUGAGAUUAGGUGUGAAUGUACUUUUCCGUACAUGUACUCGACAUGGAAACGAGAAUAUUUGAGAUAAAUGCAGUUUUGGGUCUUUAAGAAAACUUUGAAAAAUUUACAUAAGAAAAUUUUUUUUAUUGGCGGGUUUUAACGUUGAAGUUGAAAUUACAGAUUUUUUACGUUUCUAUCAAAUUCCUUUUUUGACAUUAGUGCACAUUAUGAUUGGAUUUCUUGAAGGAAAGGCCGUGGAAACGGUGGAUCAUGCGAGUCGGAGUAAAAUAAACGGCGAAGGUGGGAAUCUGAUUGCCGACGUCACCUCCCCUCACGCCAAGAAACAUCGAAUCGUUUUUGAUCGAACCUUGAAUGUCUUCGAAUUCAAGCUUCUCGAGUGGGUUUCAAAAAAAGCUUUGAUUUUUAGAAAAAAAUUCUCAUAAAUUAAAAACCCAGUGUAUCCAGUUUUUUUCGAACAAAACCUUAGAUCAGAAUUGGAACUUGAAACCAAAAAUACAGGUUCAAAAUAUGAGCUCAAAAAUGAGAGAGAUCUCUUUUUUUAAACUUGAAAUUCUUGUGUUCUGUAGAAUUUUUUUCUUAAAAAGUUUUUCCCUUCUUCUGAUUUUUUUAAAGUUUUUUUACAUACCUUUUUGUUAUUUCCAGUAAACUCAUUACUGGUGAGAAAGAUAAAACUUUAACAUUUCAGCCCGAAACAGAUUUCCCAUUCAACUUGUCGAAAAAAAGGAGUCAAUUUUUAGCGGCUCUUCGAAGCAUCUGACGACUUACCGUCUCGAUGAGCUUCUCUGCACUUCCAAGAGUUCUGUUCCCCUCAGAAAGGGCGUUCCGACGGCUUCUAAGGUCUUUUUUGUACUGUUUUUCAAAAAAAAAUGAUUGAAAAUAGCUUUGCUGAAAUAUUAAAAUAGGAUGGAAGCGUGUUUUUGAUGCAACUUUUGCUAACUGUAAGCAAAAAUUUAAAUCCUGAAAAAAAUUCGCCGAGAGUUCUCAAACGGAAAAACCAUGUUUUCGUUUUUCAAGGGAUAACUUACUUCAAAACAUGUGUAGAAACUCGUAAAAUUCAGAUUUAUGGGCUUUUUGCGGAGACUUAGUGGAUUUUGCGGAGAAAACGGGAAAGUUAAAAUUUUUGAAAAGUAAUAAUAGAGGAAAAGACAACAUGAUUUGAAGAAAUUUUUCAAAACGAUUCUAAAAUUCUUGGGCCUUUUGAGAAUAUUUCUAGUAAAAGAAAGCCUUGAAUCCUUUCAGAAAAAUCUUUUUAAAGGAUCCCAGUUAUUUUUAUAAAUCAUUUUUAAACCAGUCUUGAACUCUUUUUAAAUCCAUUUUGAAGCAGUAUAGAUUAAUUGUUCAUUUAUUAUAGCUUUUUUUGGAUGAGUUUCGAAUUUUUCAGAAAGGCGCCAACACUCCAAAAACCCUCUUCUUUUAUUUCGUGUACAAAGAAGACAAAUUGAAAUGGCGUUUGAAAGAAGUUCCUGUGGUUUUUAAUACGACCUCUGAACGAGAUUAUUGGCACACGAUCAUCGAUUCGACGAUAAGAAGUGGGUUUUUCCGAGGAUUUGUAGUGAAAAUGUCUCAGUUUCAUGCUUUGUCGAAGCUUUAUCAGAUCCAGAAACUUCAAGAGAAUGUUUAUUUUUGAGAUUCGAGUUUGGGAAAAUUAAUAAAAAGAACCACGUUGUAUCAUUUUCCAAUCAUUUUUUGAGCAAAAGUUCCAUUCCUCGCUCAAAAAUUUUUGUUACGGUAAAGUAAUUGGUUUUUUUCGGUUAAUUCUGAGAAAAUCAAAGAAUUUUUAAAGUUAUUCUACUAGAUUUUUGUCCCUUUAUUUUGAUAUUUUUCGGUUGGAAUAAAAAUUUCUUAGCUUGAAAAUUACAUUUUUUUCGGGUUUUUUUCGAGCUUUUCAAUAAUUAAACCCAGAUAUAUCGAAUUUUAAAAUCUUUUUUUUUGCAUUAUUGGAAUUUUGAAUAAGUUUCAGAGUUUUUGUGCUCGAAAAACCAAAAACAAAUUUUUUUUAUUUGAUGUUCUUCAGUUUUGUUUGAGUUUCCUGUUUCUCGAUUCUUUUAAAAAAGCAUGUUUUUUUUUCUUUCUUCAAUUACCGUUUUUAAAGUUCAAGGCUAUCUUUUUUUCUGCAUUUGCAACAUUAUCGUAAAAAAAUAGUUAAAAAGAAAAAGGGGGAAAAAAAAUGAAAAAAAUGAAGUUACUGAUUCGAAACAUAGAUUUAUUUUUCCCGUUUUUGGCGAAUCUGUUCGAUAUUACGGAAUAACAGUUUUAUUACGACUUAGAUCUUGGUAACGCCUUCCGAAAAAAACUCCUAGUGAGCACUUUAGCGGCAUCAAGACUCUUAAGUGACCCCUAGAAUCCAAGCUUCAGGUUCCCGUUACCGAGGUCCGAGUAGUCAGUUUUUUUUUUCUUAGUCCGAGCUAGUGUAUUGAUUUAGGAAUCUCCAGCCGUCCCAAGAAUAUCAUAAUCUUCAUCAAUCCGUUCGGCGGCAAGGGAAAAAGCUCAGAGAAUCUUCCAAGAUAAUGUAAUUUUUUUCAAAAAAAGAAUGAAAAAAAGGUUUUUUUGAGGUCGAAGCCUUCUUUUCCAUGUCCCCAGGCCUUCGAUAUCAGGUUUUAUUAACCGAGAGAGCAUAUCACGCGAGGGAUUUCAUCGUCGAAAUGCCCGUUGAUCAUUGGAGCGCACUUGACGGACUGGUGGGUUUGAAACGGGAAAAAUUGACUAGAAAAAAAGGUUGAAAAAUUACUUAUUUAGUGAUGAUAUGAAAACUAUGGACGAUUUUUUUCAUUUUUAAAAAGAAUUUUUCUUGAUUUAUAAGUUGAAAUUUGAGGUUUCUGUUGGUGGUGACGGUCUUUUCAAUGAACUUCUUUCCGGCGCUUUGCUCAGGACUCAAAAAAAGAUACCGGUAAGUUUAAAAAUCAAAGAAUUAGCCCACACAUAAAUAAAAAAAUAUAAAAAGAAAAAAAUUUUUUGGGGGUUUAAAAAAAGGGAAGAAAUGGAUAUUUUUGUAAGGCCGCGACAUCGACGACCCCAACACGGCCCAUUUGGCGACGCCCCAUCUUCGAUUCGGAAUCAUCGGCGCCGGAUCGGCCAAUUCCAUCGUCUCAACUGUCCACGAAACCAACGACUAUGCCACUUCUGCCGUUCACAUUGCCAUAGGUAUCACUGAUUCUCAAAGAACUUUUCCCUGGCCUCCCAACAAAGUCGAUUUCGAUGACGUUCCGCUGAUCCAUAGCCUUUGAAGACCCUGAAAGAAAAAUUACGUAAAAAGCCUGAGAAAAUAUUUUCUAAAUGCUUACGAGGUUUACUUUCUUUUGUUUGAAUAUUGAAGAAGUUUCUUCGCGAACAAUCCAUUAAAAGGCACCAAAAACGAAAAAGGCGAUUUUUGAGUUUUCGAAAUUUUCUAAGCAAGAAACGAAGAUCAAAUAUCAAAUCUACUGGUCAAGGUCAAAGUUAAAAGCUAAAAGUAAACUUUUUCAGUCCGCUCCGCUUUUCGAACCAUAGGACCGCAAAUAUCAAAGUGCAUGAAAUCAAAACAAUCGAGAGGAAUCAGGCCCGCCCUUAUGAUAAUUAUUUCACUUCGCCGUUUUGGUCCACUUUUAUAAAUAAACUUUAAAAAGAGUGGAACAUUAUUAAAAACAAUUACGUCUUCUAGAUCAAAUGAAUCUUUUAUAAAAAAUGUUUUAAGAAAGAAUUUUUUUUUUCCGAAUUAUUAAUCUUCAAACCUCUCAAACAACGAUUUUUCGAUUAUUGGCGUAAUUUACGAGCUUUGAAGGCUUAUGUAUCUCAAAAAAUGUAUUGUUAGAAAUGUUUUUCGUUUUGAAAUCAGGAAAUCCUGAAGGGUAUUUCAACCAAGUUUUACCAACACUUCUGAAAAAAAAACUAUUUUGCAAGGCUCCGAGUGCAACGUCGACGUGUGUACGGUCCAUCGCGACAGUAAGCUCAUCAGAAUCUCGGCCAACGCCAUCUCCUACGGAUGGCUUGGAGACGUGCUCCGUGACUCGGAGAACUACAGAUGUCUCGGACCUAUUCGGUAUCAGUGGAGUGGUGCGUUUAUUUCUGAAGAUAAUUGUUGAAAAAACGGCAGUUUCAACUGUUUUAACUACGGUUUUUUUUUUAAAUUUCUGUUCUAACCGCAGCGCGUCUAGCCAUUCUACGCCCUAUCAGAAAGUUUUAAAUUUUGAGAAAAAAAGGAGAAUAUUUCGUUUGAAUGGUCUCAUCUUCAGCUCUACGAACCACGAUCCGAAAUCCAACGUAUCGUGGAACCGUUCAAUUUACCCUGUCGCAUAAAGAGACGGUUGACCCAAGGACCAAAAUGCCGCAAUGCAUCAAAAAUUGUCCGGUUUGCGAGAAACCUGGGUCAGUUUUCUUUGUUUUUGGGAUUAUAGUCAAAUAAAGUUUCAAGUUACGAAAAUAGGCCAGAAAAAAUUUGAUUAAACAUGAUAAAAAGAUUCUUUUUUGUAAGAAAAAGGGUGGGAAAAGGCUUUCUCAUAGGAAAAAGGUACCACAUGUAGAAAAAUACGGAAGGUAUAUUUUUUCUACUAACCUGUCAUAAUUUGUGUUUUUUGCCGAAAAACGUUCCCUAGUAAGCAUUUUCAACAGUUUUUUUCCUGGAUUUUUUCUAUUAAUUUUUUUCGGUUUUUGAGCAUUGAAUUGACUAAUAAAGAGUUUUUAAACGAUUUCCGAACAAAUAAAUUUCAAAAAAAUCAAUGUAAAAAAAGAAUAGCGUGAAAUGAUGAGAAUUAUUUUAUCCUUGGUGACGUCAUUUUCCGGGUUAUAUGACGUCAUAACAGGCUUUGAUUGGAAAAAUUGAAUUUUUUUCCUGUUACCAGUACUUUUUUUAUAAGUUUUUAGAAAGGAGUCAGACGAAACAACACAGUAUGACUACCAUUUCCACGACGAAUUCUCGCACGUCAUCUGCUGCGUUAUCCCGACGGUGACCCCAUUCACGCCCCACGGAUUGGCACCGUAUACCGGUUGGAUUACUGUAGAGAACACUGCAAAAAUAAGAAACUUUGAGGCAUCGGUGAUGGAACUUUGGACUUGGCGCUGAUCCCGAAAGUCUCCCGGUUUAGAAAUAUGCAAUUCAUGCGUCGUGUCGCCAUGUAUGGAGGAAAAAGGGGUAAUUCCUCUACAGAGUUUUUGAUUUUUUCGAGUUUCAGACCAAAAAAAGUAGAAAUGUCAGAAACCAUUUUUUUACUCACUUAUUUUUUUCAUUAAAAAAUUUUUUCUCCAAAAAAAGUUCAAAUUUUCGAUUAUGCGCAUAAAAAGUCGCGAUCUCGUUUUAAGACCCAAGAAAGACUCCCGAAAUGCCAAUUUUGCGCCAUUAUUUCAAAAAAAAAAAGCCUCACUCUUUAAAAAGUCAAAAUUAUGGAAUUUUGCAUUUUUAAAAAUUGUCUUUGGUGAAGAUUCGUUGGUUUUUCAGCAAGAUAUGAAUUUUCGAAGCUUUUUAUACCGUAAUUCUUUGAGUUACCGUAUCUCGAAAACAAGCCGAGUGAUGAUAUUCUGUUUUAACCGUAAGAAAUUCCAUGAAUCGUUUUCUACAACAUAAAUAGUCUAGAAAAAACCUUAUCAUAGCCCUAUUACUUCCAAAUCACCCUAGACUUGAAUGGCGCAGCCCAAUGAAGUUAUAAUUUCUUAUUGAAAAGAAAGAUUUCUUGUUUUUCCAGCUGUACUCAUCUGACCGAACUCUCGUCUGUUAUCGAGUAGUACGGUGGUCCUACCAGCCGGACGCCGACCAGGAAGAUCCCGGCGUCUGGAAUCUCGAUGGCGAGAUUCUGGAGCAGCCCAAAGGCGAAGCUCUCCAUUUCAAGUGCGUUUACUCCGGAUCUUUUUCACUUUUUAAGAUUCUUAAGUUAAAUCUUAGUUUUUUGAAAAUUGAAGUUAAGAGUUCUAAACUUUUCGAGUUAGGAGUCUCGACUCUGGUUUCUUCUUCUUAAUCUGGAAUAUCUGAAAGCUUUCGAAAACGUUCGAUUUCAGACUCCAUCCGCAGUUGAUCAGCUUUUUCGGCCGCGACGCCGCCAUGAUCAACCCCGUCAAAAGGAGCUUCAUCAAGAAACGAAAAUCCUCCAUCGUUUAUAAAUAA